GAAAUAGAAAGAGAAGAAAAGAAAGAGGAAAAUGAAAAACAAAAGAAAAUUGGAGUAAUACAAUCGAAAUAGAAAUCUAUGAAACUGUAUAGUGCCUUCCCCUCGGACUAAAAGUACGAUAGCAGUAGGGCUUCUCUCUCUCGCCCUCUUCUCAGUAAGGCGCACGUUUAUAACUAACCUGCGCUCUUUUUUAUCCUACGCCAUUUCGUGUAUGAUCCCCAAUUCAUCGAUUAUCCACGCGAGAUCUAUUCAGGGGAGGCAUUGAGUGAGAGAGAGAGAGAGAGAGAGAGAGAGGGAGAGUUACUCAGGGUUAGGGUUUUGAUGCGUUGGUGUGGUUUGGGAGAUCCUUGUGCUCGGAUAUGGCCAAUCAUGGCUCCAAGUUUGCAUCCGUCAAUCUGAACAAGUCCUACGGGCACCAUAGCCAUUACAAUGGGGGUAAUGGGCCCGGGCCUGCUGGACGGGGGCGGGUCGGGGGUGGAGGGAUGUUGGUUCUAUCUAGGAACCGAGGAGCUGCCCCCAAGGUUGCUCCUAAAUUAUCUGUUCCACCCCCUUUGAAUUUGCCAUCAUUGAGGAAAGAACAUGAGAAAUUUGAUACCUCAGGACCCGGUGGGACGGGCGCUACUGCUGGCACUGGGACUGGAUCCAGACAUUCGUCCGGGGUUGGCUGGAACAAACCUGUGGCAUCUGCCACUGCAUUACCUGAGAAGAUUGAAAUUGGGGUUAACGGAGUGAGUGAUGCAGCUGGGGCAAGUAGAGUUGGUUCUUAUAUGCCACCAUCUGCUCGUUCUACGGGGGUUGCUGCUUCUGUACCUCGAGAAUUCUUACCGUCUGCAGAGAAAGCUAUACUUUUGAAAGGUGAGGAUUUCCCAUCUCUGCAGGCUGCAAGGCCUGUCUCAUCCGGGGCAUCACAUAAACACAAGGAUGGGUUAAACCAGAAGCAGAAGCAAGUCUCACAUGAUGAUUCUACUCAGGAUAAAGAGGAAAGCUAUCAUUUGGGUCCAAUGGCUGAUAUGCUUCCACCAGGAGAGUCCUUGGGAAUAAAUCCGUCGGUGGAAAAUGGUAGUGCAGUCCACAAAAUGGCUGGUGGAAGGAUGGCCGAUCAAAUUAAGAAGCAGGAACAAUUUUUGCCUGAUCCACUGCCACUGGUUCGCAUUUAUCCGAGGUCUGAUUGGGCCGAUGAUGAGCGUGACACGGGGCAUGGGUUUGUGGAGCAGGGACGAGAUAUUGGAUAUUCAAACAGCAGAAAUUAUUGGGAUAGAGAUUUUGACUUGCCAUGGCCCAGCAUUUUACCUCCCAAGCCAGCUACAAAUCAGAACGAUAGAUGGGGCCAACAAGACAAUGAAACUGGGAAAAUUAUUUCUAGUGGAGUCUUUAAAAUGGACCCGUUUAACAAAGAUGUGAGGACACCUAGUCGGGAAGGUAAGGAAGUCAACAGAUGGAGAACAUCUCUUCCUAAAGAUGGGGUUAGUGAAAUUGGAAAUCAUAAAGUUGAUAUUGGUGCAAGAAUGGCUGUUAAUAAUAUGGCAAAGGAGAACAAAUACGCCCCACCUUAUUAUGGAGGAGACACUGUUCAAGAUGGCAGCAAGGAUUCUGCAUUUGGGAGGAGGGCCAUGGGACUUGUAGGACAGCAGAUGCAACGUAAUAGUUCAAGUGAUUCAUAUAAUAACAGAGGGGCAGAUCGUAAUUCUCGGGAUCGCCAUGUCUUUGACCAACCUAACAGAUAUAAAGCUGAUAUUUUUCAGAAUAAUGCAUUGUCCAGACCCUUUAUUACUUCUAGUGGGAGAAGGCCUCCUAUAGCUGACCCCUUACAGGAAAAACGGUAUUCAAAUAGCGAUAGACCCUACUCAGAUGAUAUUUUCUCGAGAGACUACAGUUCUUCAGGAUUUGAUGAAAGGGAUCUCUUCUCAGAUGGUCUUGUUGGGGUGGUUAAGAGGAAAAAAGAUGCCGCCAAAUCUACUCAUUUUCAUGAUCCUAUUCGAGAAUCUUUUGAGGCAGAGCUUGAAAGAGUCCAGAAAAUGCAAGAGCUUGAGAGACAGAGGAUUGUUGAAGAGCAAGAAAGAGCCUUGGAGCAAACUCGAAGGGAAGAGGAGGAGAGACUGAGAAGAAUUAGGGAAGAGGAGGAAAGGCUGCGAAAGCUGGAUGAAGAAUCUCGUGUAGCUGCAUGGAGGGCAGAACAGGAGCAACUUGAGGCUAUUCAAAAAGCUGAAGAGCUGAGGAUUGCCAGGGAAGAAGAGAAGAAAAGAAUUCAGUUAGAAGAAGAGAGGAGGAAACAGGCUGCGAGACAGAUGCUUCAAGAAUUGGAAGAUAAGAUGGCCAAAAGGCAGGCUGAAACUGUAAAGGUUGAUGCUUCUGUACCUAAAACAACCGUAGAUGAAAAAUUAAAUGCAGCUAUAAAAGAAGAUCUUGUAUCUAGGAAUGAAGACUUGGAAACCUGGGAAGAUGGUGAGCGAAUGGUGGAAAAUGUUAUGAAUUCAGGUUCAUUUAAAUCAUCAGCUUAUGUCAAACCUGCUGAGAUCAGCUAUCCUCCCAGAGAAAGUUCUUCAAACUUAAUUAACCGAGGAAAACCUAUGAAUUCAUGGAAAAGGGAUUCUCUGGAAUGUGAUGGCAGCUUCCCUUCAUCUCAAUCAGAUCAAGAAACUGGUCAUUACAGUCCUUGGCAGGAUGCAGUUUCUGGUGGCAGAACAGGUUCACGAAGAGAGUUCCAUGGUGGACCUGGCUUCAUGCCUUCUAGGUCUUUCGGAUUGCAAGACUCUUACUCAGAUGAUUUUGGAUAUCAAAAAGAACAAAGAUGGAAUCUUUCGGGCAGUGCUGACUCUUAUGGAAAACUCAGGGAGAUGGAUUUCGAUUUUCAGGAUACUGCAGAUCAAUAUGGAGAUGGUGGAUGGGGACAGGGACACACUAGAAGUGGUGCUCGUCCUCCUUACCCAGAGCGAUUGUAUCCUCAUUGUGAUGCAACUGAAUUUAACUCCUACGGGAGAUCUAGGUACUCUUUCAGACAGCCUCGUGUCCCUCCCCCUCCUUCAGUUUCUUCAGUUCAAAAGACUAAUCUUAGAGGAGUCAGUGAACACUCUGGUCCUUCAGCGUUUCUAGAUGACAGCAUUCAUCAUACUCAUCCUCCACUAACUGAAUCUGGCAGGGAGUCAGAUUAUUAUGGCACUGAUCAAGGAGGUCCUCGGCCAUCUGAGAUUUUUGGAAGGCCAUUAGAAAGUAAGUCCUCUGAACGUCAGAAAUUGAACAGUGGAUCAAGGUGUGACUCGCAAUCUUCACUCUCUGUUUCCAGCCCCCCAACUUCUCCACCUCAACUAUCCCAGGAAGAGUUGGAUGCAUCUGGAGAUUCUCUUGUAACAUCCGCUGUAGCAGAAGGGGACAUUAAUUUAGUUACAAGGACUGAAUCUGAUGCUCACAAUGGUGACUCUGGACAUAAUGCAAUGAUGAUUGUGCAAGAUUCUGUUUCAACUAUUGAGGAUGAAGAAUGGACUCCUGAAAAUGAAGAUGUGAUGCAGCAGCAAGAGGAAUAUGACGAGGAUGAAGAUGGUUUUAGAGAAGAGGAGGAAGUGCGUGAUAGGAAUGUUGAGAAUCUUGAGCUGAACCAGAAGUUUGCGGUACGGGAACUUGAGGAAAGAGACUCACCUCAUGUGAUGGACAAUGUAGUCUUAGGUUUUGAUGAGGGUGUUGAAGUUGAAAUACCAAGUGAUGAUGUUGAGAAAAGUAAAGGGCAACAAGAAAAAUCAUUUGGGAUGAAUGAUGGUCCUGUGAGCAUGGUUGAAGAACGAGUCAUCAUUGAUAGGUUUCCAUCUGAUGAACAAAAUCUUCUGACUGCAGAAGAUUGUCACGGGACAAGUGCUGAUAGCUCGUCUUGGAAGGUACUGGAUACAUCAGCUUUGCCAGGUUCUAUUGGUCAACUUGUUGGUGCAACCUGUACAGCAGCAUCAGCCGAUAUCUUAGAUGGUACUGAUUCCUCAGGUAGCAUCUGUCUAGCUCCCCAGCCAACUGUACUUUCCUCGACAGUUGAUGUUUCAGCUGUGACAAGUCAGCCUAUCGUGUCAUCUGUAUCUUCUACUGGAAGUCAGGGUGAUUUACCAAUCAAGCUUCAGUUUGGGCUAUUUUCUGGUCCUUCUUUGAUUCCUUCUCCAGUGCCUGCUAUACAGAUAGGUUCCAUACAGAUGCCCCUUCAUAUCCAUCCUUCUGUUGGUCCGUCCAUUACUCAUAUGCAUCCAUCACAGCCUCCAAUGUUCCAAUUUGGUCAGCUGCGAUAUACUUCUCCUAUUUCGCAGGGAAUUUUGCCAAUACCCCCUCAAUCAAUGUCUUUUGUUCCGCCUAACAUGCUGGGCCAUCUUAAUCUAAAUCAGGAUGUUUUAAGCUCUGGAAAUCACAAGGAUGCUCAAGAUGCUUCCACGCAGAACAUAAGCAAGGACGAGACACCAUCUGUUCUAGUGAAUGGUCAGCCAAGAUCUGUUUCUGCGUCAUCUGUGCAAUCUAAUGGUGGUCUUCUGUUGAGUGUAGAUACAGUUUCAAAUGCAGGCAAUCAUAAUGAGAAUUCUGCUGUCCAUACAUCUACUUCUGGAGCCUCUGGGCCCUGUGAUGGAAAAUUUAUGUCAAACUCAAGCUCACAUGCUGAAGAGAAAGGGCAGCUUCGUGCUACUUCAAGGAACUAUCCACCACCAUCGAAGGCAAGGGAAUCUGACAGACAGUGCAAUCAUGCACAUCCAAUGACACAGUCUGUUAAUGUUGACAGAAAUCAUGGCGUAAGAGGGGCAGGUGCAUUGUCUGGUGGCAGGGGGAGAAGAUUUGCUUAUGCAGUUAAAAGUUCUAACACAAGAUCAUUGGUCCAGGAUCAUGAUAUGCUUACAGAUUCAAAUGGGUUUCACAGGAGACCUCGAAGAUCUGUCCAACGAACUGAAUUCCGGAUUCGUGAAAACUAUGACAGAAGACCAGCACCUACAGUGGCUUCUUCUAGUGCUUUCACUAGAAGUGGAGCCAAGAGGGGAAGCAUGUCUAAUAGAACUGUGAAGCACACUGAGCCCUUGGCAUCUGGAAGGACGAUAUCUUCGGAGGUUGAUUCUGGAGAUAGGGAAGCAAAAGUAGUGGGGAAAGAUUCUUCGAGUAGGAGCCAGAAUAUCUCAAACCCUGGUGAAGCAAAUCUGAGGAGAAAUGCUUCUGAGGAGGAUGUAGAUGCUCCAUUACAAAGUGGUGUGGUGCGUGUUUUUAAACAACCUGGCAUUGAAGCCCCUAGUGAUGAGGACGAUUUCAUUGAAGUCAGAUCCAAAAGGCAAAUGCUAAAUGAUCGGCGUGAACAAAGGGAAAAGGAAAUAAAAGCAAAAUCAUGGACCACCAAGACACCACGUAAACCACGCCACUCCAGACAAAAGGAAUUGGUCUCAAGAAGCAUUAAUAAACACCCAGUACCAUUGGGCAGUGAAGGAACAGUUGAUCCUCAAUUGGCAUUUUCUUCUGCAGCUUCCCAACCUCCAAUUGGCACUGCUCCUGUUAAUUCUGAAGCACAUACUAUCAAGCCUUCACAAUCCGAUUCUGUAUCUGUCGUCUCUAACAGUGGAAAAGAAUGUGAACCUGGCCUUUUUGACAGCAAAAAUAUGGUUAUGUCUCUAAGCCAGACACUAAUUGACGAGGCUAUGAAACCUGCUCGGUUUGAUUCACACAUUUCUGCUGUUGGAGGUCAUUCAAACCCAAUUAGUGGCCAAGUUUUGCCACCAUCAUCUAUUUUGACAAAGGACAAAACAUUUUCUUCUGGUGCAAGUCCAAUCAAUUCAUUGCUUGCUGGAGAGAAAAUUCAAUUUGGUGCUGUUACAUCUCCAACAAUUAUUCCUCCUAGUAGCCGUGUUGUAUCACAAGGGAUUGGUGCUCCAGGUUCCAAUCGACCUGAUGUGCAAGUAUCCCGCAACUUUCAUGUAGCAGAGAAAGAAAACAUACUUUUCUUUGAAAAGGAGAAGAACCCGAGUGACUCUUGCAUUCCACUACGAGAUUCUGAGGCUGAAGCAGAAGCAGCUGCUUCUGCUGUUGCUGCUGCUGCUAUCAGCAGUGAUGAGAUAGUUGGGACUGGCUUAAGUUCCGUCAAUGACACAAAGAAUUUUGGUUGUGCUUCUGUUGACGGCAUUACGACAGGUGUGCUUGGAGAUCAGCAGAUGACAAGUCAAUCACUGGGUGAGGAGUUGCUAAGUGUUUCUCUUCCGGCAGAUCUGUCAAUUGAGACAACACCAAUCUCUUUAUGGCCACCAUUGCCAAGUCCUCAAAGUUCUACUGGCCAGAUGCUUUCUCAUUUCCCUGUAGGUCCUUCCCACUUCCCCUUUUAUGAGGUGAACCCUCUGUUGGGGGGUCCAAUUUUUGCAUUCAGUCCACAUGAUGAAUCUUCUGGUACACAAUCACAACCUCCAAAGACUACAACAUCCAGUUCUGCUCCUCUUGGUAACUGGCAGCAAUGCCAUUCUGGUGUGGACUCGUUCUAUGGUACUCCGGCUGGAUAUUCUGGUCCGUUCAUUGGUCCUCCUGGAGGCAUACCUGGGGUUCAGGGGCCUCCACAUAUGGUUGUCUAUAAUCAUUUUGCUCCUGUUGGACAAUAUGGGCAUGUAGGUUUGAGUUUUAUGGGUACCACCUAUAUCCCAUCUGGGAAGCAAGCUGAUUGGAAAAAUAAUGGUUCGUCUACUGCAAUGCAUAUUGGUGGGGGAGACAUUAAUAGCGUGAAUAUGACUGCUGUGCAGCGAAGUGCUCCCAUUACGGCUCCCAUUCAGCAUCUUGCCCCAGGAUCUCCACUCUUGCCUAUGCCCCCACCAUUGCCCUUGUUUGAUGCAUCACCAUUUCCGACUCCCCCUGAUUUGCCUGUCCAUGCUCGAUGGGGGCACAUUCCUGCUGCUCCACUUCACCCAGUCUCUGUUUCUCGACCAUUGCAGCCACAAAUGGAAGGUGCAUUGCCUCCUCAAGCCAGCCACAGACACUCAAUUGACCAAUCAUUAACUGCCAAUCGGUUCACGGAGUCUUGCACUCCUACAUUAUCAGGUGACACUGGCCCAACUUUCUCUACUGCUGCAGAUACAAAUGGUGUCCCAUUUCAUGCUGAAUUGGGAUUGGUAGAUUCAGUGAGAUCCAACACGGCUUCAUCAGGGCAGACUCCAGUUCUGAGCAUGUCCGCAAGUGCAAAUGCUGAAUCUGAAAAGAUCGAUACAAUUGAGAGUGGGAAACGAUACAACAAUGCAAGAUCUGUGAAGAGUCAAUUCUCAAAUAAGAGUUUGCCCACCCAACAAGGUAAUACCACUGGUCGUUAUUAUCAAAGAGGCCACACAUCACAAAGGAACAAUACAGGAAAUGAAUUGCCUCACCGUAGGAUGGGUUUCCAUGGAAGGGGCGGUGUGGAUAGAAAUUUGCCUGCUGUAAGGAUGAAACAGAUCUACGUGGCUAAACAGACCACAACUGGAAAUCCGUCUACAUGAGCCAGCCAGGCGAUUGCGAGUUAUGGAUGUUAGAAGUGCAUUUUCUAUGACUGACACCCGAUUUUGGGGUACACGAACCCUGCAGUUUUGGAGCUAUAUAUUAAACAUUUUUUUGAUCACUUGGAGCCUAUCUGUUGUGUCGUUGUUUUGCAGAGAUCCAUUCUAAAUCGAGCAGUGAAGUUCCUUUCCUCCAUCGUGCUGCUAGUAAAGAAAUCAUGUUUGUGUCCCUGCCAUUCGUCACGUUUAAGUCUUUUUUUUUUUUAAUUUCUUGAAUGAUGUAUUGCUUAUUCUCUUUAGUUAGGAUGCUGUGGUUUUAGUAAGAAAUAUUAUCAUAUGUUAGUACAUUUUUUAUCUUCAACAUGUUACUAAUCGAAUCAAA